CUUUGCACCCUGCCCGGUAAGCGCACCGGAUACCCACGCGAGAAAACAACCAAUGGCAACGUGCAGCUCCCGGGGCUGCAGUAAACACGGUCACAGGCUCAGCCCCCCGGCCCCGUGCUGCUGCUGCUGCUGCACCCUUGGCCCGGCCGCCUGCAACCUCCCUGCACAAGUGCAAAGCAGCGCCCGGGGCGGGGUUGUAUCGCGUGCUCCCCUCCCGCUUUGGGAAGCCAGCACCCCACUGGGGUUCCUCUUUGUGAAGUAGUUUUCUCGCUGUGUGUGUGUGUGAGGGAGAAACCAGUUGCACGCCCUAAAGUGAGGAGAGUGGUUGCUUUCCCCCUUGCCAGCCCCCCUCCUCCCCCUCAGUCCCGUUUGCUCUCGGUUGCGGUGUGUGGCGAAGGAGAGGGGGGGGGGGAAGAGCCGUGGAGGGGGAUGUCCUGUUGUUUUGCCGGAGGAGCAGCGCAAAAGGGGAACCUCGCCUUGAAGAAGGGGCGAGAAUCCACCCGGGAGCAGCCCGACCAGCAAGGUAGCGGCGUGUCCCCGCACCAGAAGAAACCUCCUUUGUAAUUUAAAGGGAAGAUACUUCUAUUGUGGGUGGAAAGAAAAAGAAAAGUUACCUCCAUGGAAGAUUCUCAGGAUUUAAAUGAACAAUCAGUAAAGAAAACGUGCACAGAAUCAGAUGUUUCAGAGGCUCAGAAUUCCAGGUCUAUGGAAAUGCAGGAUCUAACAAGUCCUCAUAAUCUUGUUGGAAGCAGUGAUAAUCCGAGUAGUUCCAAACUGGAUAAAUCUAAUCUCAGCAGCACGUCCAUCACAACAAAUGGAACAGGAGGAGACAACAUGACUGUUUUAAAUACUGCAGACUGGUUGCUGAGUUGCAGCACUCCCUCUUCUGCAACAAGUAUGAGAGAUCAUGUGUCUCUUCUUGCAGUCAAAACAGAGCCCAUGAACAGCAGUGAAACAACCACCACCACCACAACUGGAGAUGGAUCGCUUGACACUUUUACUGGGUCAGUAAUAACAAGUAGUGGCUACAGUCCAAGAUCAGCACAUCAGUACUCACCGCAGAUAUAUCCCUCCAAGCCCUAUCCACACAUCCUUUCUACACCAGCAGCUCAAACAAUGUCUGCCUAUUCUGGACAGACCCAGUAUUCAGGAAUGCAACAGCCUGCAGUCUAUACAGCCUACUCACAGACUGGACAGCCUUACAGCUUACCUACUUACGAUUUGGGUGUAAUGUUGCCAGGCAUCAAGACGGAAAGCGGGCUUUCGCAAACACAGUCACCACUGCAGAGUGGGUGCCUCAGUUACAGUCCGGGGUUUUCCACACCACAGCCCGGCCAAACACCGUAUUCUUAUCAAAUGCCAGGUUCUAGUUUUACACCCUCAUCUACUAUUUAUGCAAAUAAUUCAGUCUCGAAUUCUACAAACUUCAGUAGUUCACAACAGGAUUAUCCAUCCUACACAGCUUUUGGCCAAAACCAAUAUGCACAGUAUUAUUCAGCAUCAACAUAUGGAGCAUAUAUGACCUCAAACAACACAGCUGAUGGCACGUCUUCAUCAUCAUCAACCUAUCAGCUACAGGAAUCUCUCCCUGGCCUGAAUAGUCAACCAGGUACAGACCUUCAUCCAGGGGAGUUUGACACAGUACAGAGCCCCUCAACACCGAUCAAAGAUCUUGAUGAGAGAACGUGUCGGAGUUCUGGGUCAAAGUCUCGGGGUAGAGGGCGGAAGAAUAAUCCAUCACCCCCUCCGGACAGUGACUUGGAGCGUGUAUUUGUUUGGGAUUUGGAUGAAACUAUCAUCGUUUUUCAUUCACUGCUUACAGGAUCCUAUGCACAAAAAUAUGGCAAAGAUCCACCAAUGGCAGUAACCCUGGGCCUGCGAAUGGAAGAAAUGAUUUUUAAUCUUGCUGAUACACAUUUAUUUUUUAAUGACUUGGAGGAAUGUGAUCAAGUUCAUAUAGAUGAUGUUUCUUCUGAUGACAAUGGGCAAGACCUCAGUACCUACAGUUUUGCAACUGAUGGCUUCCAUGCAGCUGCAAGUAGUGCAAACCUUUGUCUGCCAACAGGUGUAAGAGGAGGGGUUGACUGGAUGAGGAAGCUGGCUUUCCGUUACAGAAGAGUAAAAGAAUUGUAUAAUACUUACAAGAACAACAUAGGAGGUCUCCUUGGCCCUGCUAAAAGAGAUGCGUGGCUGCAGUUAAGAGCAGAGAUUGAAGCUCUGACCGACUCCUGGUUGACAAAUGCACUUAAAUCAUUAUCAAUUAUUAGCACUAGGAGUAACUGUGUAAAUGUUUUGGUAACAACCACCCAACUUAUCCCAGCACUUGCAAAAGUCCUGUUGUAUAGUUUAGGAGGUGCUUUUCCUAUUGAAAAUAUUUACAGUGCAACCAAAAUAGGAAAAGAAAGUUGCUUUGAACGAAUAAUGCAAAGGUUUGGCAGAAAAGUAGUAUAUGUUGUUAUUGGGGAUGGUGUAGAAGAAGAACAGGCAGCAAAAAAGCACAACAUGCCUUUCUGGAGGAUAUCAAGUCAUUCGGACCUCUUGGCUCUACAUCAAGCACUGGAACUAGAGUAUUUGUAACUGUGUUCUAUAGUUGGCGAUCCUUUUUUAUAUUUCAAGUACACUGAAUUUUUAUGUGUGAUUCGAUGCCUCUGGCUUAACACAUAUGAAUUGUCUUAAGAAGGGAAGAAAUAUUUGGAAUGAAAAUUCCACAAUGAAGAAUUCAGAUUGCUGAAUGGAGUUAAAAUGUUAGUGCUACAUAAGGAAGCUCUAUGGUCUUAUAUAUGCAACAUUUUUAACAAAUAAAAACUAUGGAGGUUGCUGGUACACACCAAAUGAGCCCUAACGGGAGUGAACAAAGGACUCAUAAUGGCAAAGCACCAACAUGCAUUUUCUGACCGACAAGGUGGUGGUCAACAACAUUCCUCAAUAUGGGGUAUACUCAGCACUGAGGUUUGAACCAGACUUUAGCCUACCUAACCCAGAAAAUCUGAAUUGGAAUGCACUCAGACUGUAUAAUGACAAUCCUGUCUAGACCUGUAAUUUGUGUAAAUUAUUGAUGAAAAUAAUUUACUGUGACUUUAUUAGCAGUUGAUUUUUGGAAGUGGAUGCAAUUUUUCUUUUUUUUUUGGAGGGGGGUGGGGAAGGGUUAUAUAAUAUUGUCUCUUUUAUAAGUUUGGCAAACAGAAUGUGCAUAAUGAUGUGUUGUGCCUUAAAGACAAGACGUGUUUGUGUGUUACAAUGUAAUUUUGGUUAAAAACUAUGUAGAUAAACAAAAAAAAGUUGACAUUUUUUUGACAUGACCAAAUUUCAAAUUUAAGUAAUCAAAGAGCAGGGCUGCAUCAAAAGCAUUUUCAGUAAGAAAAAAUAAAGGAAAGUUUGUGGUUUUUAUUUGGAUUCUGAAUAGUUCCACUGAGGCAAGUGGCUUUUGGGAGGCUGAAAUGAUAUUGGGGACCGUUACCUUCAAAGCUAAAGCAAUUGUUUAACAUCUUAAACAUCCUUUCUUCAUUCUCACUUGAUAAAACUAAGAGCCAUAUUCAUUAAUUACUUACAGGCUACAGAAAAACCUGCAUAGGGAGCAUCUGCCCUUUACACAAAUCCAAAUUAAGUCUCUUCCAUUUCCCUCUUUCCCUGGUUAGGAAUGGCAUGGGGGAUCAUAUUCCACACUGUAGUCCUACCACCCCACAUCUGAUUUCAGUGUCAUGAAGCAACUGCAAGUGUUAAUGGCUUUAGUUUAUUGUGGAGGAUGGAAAUUGCUCUUCCUUGAUACUGUAUGUGGCAACACAUGUGCGCCCACUUGUUCUGACUGUGUAGAGAAUUUGUCAUGAUAGGAUGUGAAAUGCAGAUGCCAGGGACACCUAUGUAAGGACAGUACUCAAUAAUGAUAUGCAGUCCUCCUGUUCUUUACUGUGAAACCAACCUAUUUCUAUUCAGGAGGUGCUUAUAGGGAAAUUACUUGUUGCUUAUUUAAACUACAUUGACCAUGUCAAAGUCAGGUCUUUGGGUGAAAUCCUGGCCCCCUUGAAGUCAAUGGCAAAACUCUUCUAUAACCAAGUAAAACGGAAAUCCUUUGCCUCCAUUGGAAUUUUGUACACAAGUCAUUCAGACUGGCUGGUAUGCUACUGUCACAAGUUUUAAAUGUGCAGCCAUCUCACUAGUCUUGCCACAUAUUAUUAAAUUAUAUACCUCCACUUACAGAAGAAAUAUGGGUGGGGGGAUUCCUUUUUCCCCUUUCUUGAAAGAGUCCUAUGGCUGGGAAUUAUUUACUGGUAGUUUAUUCUUACAGUAUGGUACCUGAUCAAAUUUGGCCUAAAAAUAAAAUUUGAUGUAAAGAGGUUAAAAUUUUAAGUUUCCAUUUUUUGUAUUGCAGUGGAAAUUUUAAGUGAAGCAAUUUUAAAUAUACUGAAGGACAUUAGUCUUCAAAAUCAUUUUAAUAUUUGCUUUUAAAAGGAACAUGGCAGCUAUAGUAACAUAGUCCACAGCCUGCCAUCUAUUUAAAAAAAAAAUUCACAAUGUCAUGGGAGUUAUGCAUGUGAACCUAUGGGAGGGUAUGUCUCAGAGUGAUAUAAAAUUUUGGUAUGUUUUUGUACAGCAUCUAGCCCAGUGAAGCCAUGAUAAUAUUGGGACCUCUAUGCAUUAGUUUCAUACCAUUAAUAAUAAUACAUAAUUCACAAAACCUUACAGCACCUCACCACUUAAGGGUUUAGCCCUAAGCCCUUUACACACUAUACCAAAGCUCUUUCCAGAAUUCCAGAUGCACAGAUAUACUCUACUUAAGGAAAAAGUAACACAUGUGGUAUCUUUAAGUAGAGUCUCAUAGCAUAUUCUUACUUCAAUAAGGCUGCCUGCAUGACAACUACAGGCAUGAAUAACCAAGGCAGAUAUUUUACUCAAAUUGGACAGUUCCAAAUAGAUAUGGUUGGACCUAAAGUAAGCUUUGGUCAUUUGGACUUUGAGUGCAUUUUAAUUCAAUGUAUAUAAUACAAUAAUAACUGACUCCCUUCAACCCCUACCCCUAAAAUGAAUACAAUGUUAUGUUUGCAAAUAUUGUGUGCAAUUAAAAUAUAGACUAUUGUGCCUUUUGCAGUUACUGUAGCAAUCUAAAGUGAGUACAGUACUUGAACAUAGGCACUUUUAAUACUGCACUUGCAAGAUAUAAAUACAGUGCAAUUUCAAUCAGAGUAAGCAAUAUCUUAAAUGUGAUAAGGGGUAAGUUAGUACAGUUCAAUAUAAAAAAGUAAAGUGAAAUCUAGAAGCAAAGCUCUGUCUUAGAAACAUUUCUUGAUUGUGCACAAAGAUAUAUGUGAUGGCUGACUCCCAGAAUUGGAUUUUAUUAGUAUCCAGUAUAAGCAGCAAUAUAUGCACCAAAAAAAGGUGCAAAAACAUGUACCAGUCUAAGCAUUGACACAGGAGAUCUGCCCAUAUCAAAAUCCUGGAUCCAAAGACACCCGAACAUUGGGGGGGAGGCAGGGUUUGAAAUCCAAAUCCCAAAUGUAAGUGUGUGUGGAUUUGGCCCUUGCCAGGAAGGCUACAUUUUAGCGGGGAACUUGGAUCCAGCUCCACGGUUUUCGUUCAGGAGCCAGCUCUACCUUAUACCAAGCACAUGCUUUAAAUGAAUAUGGUAGUUAGUAUCUCUAAAGAGGAACUUUUUAAGUGACAUGAGCCAAAAUUGCAUUAUGACUCCCAGCAAUAGCAGCAUUUUGGAAAUUUAAUUGAAGCCAAGUGUCUCUGUCAUGUAUUAGCAAGUUCUAGUUUAUUGGGGCCUACCUAAUU